AUGGCAACGCAUCACUUACACACACCAACCACCGUUCCUGGUGAUGACAAGGGAGCAGCCUGUACCUUAGGCAUGGUUAUUCUACCAGAUGGUCGUCUGAUUGUCAUUGAUAAUCGUCAUAAAAGUAUGAAACUGUUCAAUUCGGAUCGGUACACAUAUGCUUUUAGACGGAAUUUCAUGCACGAACCAAGAGGAAUUGCUGCCAUUUCUGGUAAAGAGAUAGCCAUUACAUUUGCUGAUAAACAUACCGUAAGGAUGUUCAUUGCGCGUGAAGAAAGUUUUGAGGAAACCGGAAAAUUCAAAGUAGAAGAAAAGCCAUUUAGUAUUUCAUACAGUGAAGGAAUUGAAAAAAGCUUGGCAAUUGAAGUUGGAGAAGGAAAAUAUGGGGCAAUAAUAAUCACUUCUUUGUCCGGAGUUGUGCUUAAAGAAAUCUCGGGAUACACCAGGAGCUUUGGGUUAUUCACAGGAAAUACCAUAAGAUUGGUACAUGAUCAUGGUAAACAAGUGCUCUUUAUCGCAGAUCUAGCAAGGAACUGUGUUAAUUGUGUGGAUUAUGAUGGAGCCAUUGUGUGGAAGGUGGAAGUAGAUUCCCCGAGAGGAAUUUAUCACCAUGGCAACACUUUGUUUAUAGCUAGUAAAUCUGAAAACGCAUUAUAUCAAAUGAAAACAGAACUCGGAGCAGAGGAACUUCCAAUUGUGAAUCUUCUUUUGGACAGCCGAGACGGCAUCAUCGAACCAAGAUUUCUGUCCUACAAUGCCCAGGCUAAAAGACUUGCUGUCGAAGUAUCUGGAAACCUUAUUCAAACGUACAACUGUUCCAAUCGUAAAUAA